GCCAUCGCCCGUCCUUCCUCAAGAAGAACCGCAGUCGCUGUUCUUGUUGGCAGGGUGAAAAAUGGCGCGGUCGAUGAAGGGAGCUAUGGUCGCCUUGGCGUUCUUCGGGCUGAUGAGUGUAGUGGCCGCGUCUGGCAGUGAAGACGACACCGACGUGUGCAACUUGGCGAAUGUGAACUUGGAUUCCCUGAAGGGUCCGUGCGACGCGAUGGCCUCGAACUUGGGAAGGGGAGGAGAGUGCUGCAGCAAGAUCGAUGCACUGAUGGCGGAAGUGCUGGAGAACUCGAGGUUUAACCAGGAAUGCGGGGUGCAAUUGCUUAACAAGCUCGCAAUGAACGGAUACCCCAUGAUCGCCCUCGAUUACGUCGACAAGUGCCUUGGAGACGAGAGGAGAGCGCUCCAGGAAGAGGCCCCUUCGUCAUCAGGGCCGACUAAGCCCCGUCCUCCAGCUGGUAAUUCCAAGGUCAAGGUUGCGCCGUCGUCCGACAACUCGGCUCCGGCUGCGGCAAUCCCGAUCGUGAUGCAGUUGGCGUUCGCUUUCGUUGCUAUAGCUCUCCUCCGCUGAGGCCAGCUAAAGAGUGUGUGUUUGUGAGUGUGUGUGUGUGUGUGUGUGUGUGUGUGUGUGUGUGUGUGUGUGUGUGUUUGAGAGAGAGAAAGAGAGAGAGAGAGAGAGGUGGUGGCAUUUUUUCAUGUGUACCCGCGAUUGGCGGUCCAGGUGGAUUAAAGACGCCUGUAGAGCUGUGAAAACGUAAAUUGGUACUGCAGGGUAGAGUCGUUGAGGGCCGAAGAAGCGCGAAACGCUAUCAAUAAGCGCCUUCAGAUCUGUUAAAGCGAAAAAUGGAGUAGGUAUUCGUUUAUCUCGUAAUUAAUGAGCGGUCAGAUGAUCGCCAACAUUUCUAUGGAGUUGGUCAAAUUUUUUUAUUUGAGUAAAAUAAAGCAAUUUCAUUGCUGUUGUUCGGGUAGGUUGAAUAUAUCUCUGCACCGUGUCGCAAGCGGAGAUUUCUCACCGGCGGGGAAAGAUAGGAGGCAUCAUUUCUCUCGAAAGGUCUUGGGGAUUCCGUGGGAUGAAGUUUGACUGGAGGUGAUUCUGGGUCACCUAAACGGUACAGGCAGGGCGGGAUUUGAUGUCCCAGAGAUUGAUCGGAGUGGUGUCGAGUUAUGGAUUGAUCGGAUUGGUCGGAUUCGUUUUGAGGUUUGGAUUGAUCGGAUUGAUUGAUUGAGUGACUGAUCGCGUUCAAUGAUGGACUGAUCGAUCGAUUUAUUGACCGGUUGAGUUAUGGAUUGAUCGGAUUGGUCGGAUUGAUUGAUUGAGGUUUGGAUUGAUCGGAUUGAUUGGAUUGAUUGGUCGAGUGAUUGAUCGCAUUCAUUGAUCGACUGAUGGAUCGAUUUAUUGACCGAUUGAUGAAUGGAUUUGUGGAGUGAAAAGAUUGAUGAAUGGAUUUGUGGACUGAAAAGAUUAGAGGUGAGGAAUGUGCUGACUGAUUGAUCUAUGGAUUGAUUGGAUUGAUUGAUUGAAUGGUUGAUCACAUUCGUUUAUCGAUUUAUUGACUGAUUGAUGAAUUCAUUGGUGGACUGAGACGAUUGGUGCUGAGCAGUUAUCUAAUUGGUUAAUAUUAAUUAAUAUGGAUUUGUUGCUUGACGAGGGGUUAGUGUACUGAUUUGUCAGCUGAUUAGUCGGUUUAUCAAUUAAUGGCCCGCGAAAUUUAUCUGUCGAUUGACGCGUGCGUUGUCUUCCAUCAAUCGAUGAUGGAUUAUCCGAUUAAUUGGUCUGGUGAUUAAAUCACGUUCGUGUUAUGUGAAUCUGAUAGAAGAGAAAUUGGCUUGAACGUUUGAAAUCGGUUGGUUGCAGCGCGAUCCUUAGAACUGUCUGAACUUUCAUGGGCUUGAACGUUUGAAAUCGGUUGGUUGCAGCGCGAUCCUUAAAACUGUCUGAACCUUUAUGAAGGUUUGUUUCAAAGAGAAUUCGAUGUAUUGGCAUGUUUUUUUUUGAUCGGAUAAAUUCCGAUCAAAAUA